AUUGUCAAGUUGAACAUGGCUCCCAAAAAAAGACCAGUCCCUUUAAUCAUAGGAGGCAGCGGAGAAGCUCAGAGCACAGCUUCAAAUCUAGGGGCUGCUUCAGAAGCCUAUCUUGAGACCCUGCAGAAGAAACUAGGGGAGCUGGACUUGGACGAGCAGCAGAAGAAACGCUUGGAGGCUUUCCUCACGCAGAAAGCUAAAGUAGGAGAGCUGAAGGACGAUGACUUUCAGCGUAUCUGUGAGCUGGGAGCAGGAAACGGUGGCGUGGUUAAUAAAGUCUGCCAUAAGCCAUCACGAUUGAUCAUGGCCAGAAAGCUCAUUCAUCUUGAGAUCAAACCAGCAAUCAGGAACCAGAUCAUUAGAGAAUUGCAAGUCCUGCAUGAAUGCAACUCUCCCUACAUAGUGGGCUUUUACGGUGCUUUCUACAGCGAUGGAGAGAUCAGUAUCUGCAUGGAGCACAUGGAUGGAGGUUCUCUGGAUCAAGUACUAAAAGAGGCUCGGAGAAUUCCAGAAGAAAUCCUGGGGAAAGUCAGCAUAGCUGUGUUAAGAGGUCUUGCCUACCUUCGAGAAAAACAUCAGAUCAUGCACCGAGAUGUCAAGCCAUCAAACAUACUGGUGAACUCAAGAGGGGAGAUCAAGUUGUGUGAUUUUGGAGUGAGCGGUCAGCUCAUCGACUCCAUGGCCAAUUCUUUCGUAGGCACAAGGUCAUAUAUGUCUCCCGAGAGACUGCAGGGGACUCAUUACUCGGUGCAGUCAGAUGUGUGGAGCAUGGGACUGUCUCUGGUGGAGCUCUCCAUCGGGCGCUACCCCAUCCCUCCGCCUGAUGCCAAGGAACUUGAGGCCAUUUUUGGCCGACCUGUAGCGGAGGGAGAAACACAGACCACCUCCCCACGUCCCAGACCUCCAGGAAGGCCAGUCAGUGGACAUGGCCCUGUCAUGGCUAUAUUUGAGCUGCUGGACUACAUAGUCAAUGAGCCUCCACCUAAACUGCCUCAUGGAGUUUUCACUGCAGAUUUCCAGGACUUUGUGACCAAAUGUCUAAUCAAAAAUCCUGCAGACCGGGCAGACCUGAAGAUGCUGAUGAGCCACACGUUUAUUAAACGCUCGGAAGUGGAAGAAAUCGACUUUGCAGGCUGGUUGUGUAAAACCAUGGGGCUCAACCAACCCAGCACACCCACCCGGACGACUGAAUAACUGAACAAAAAAAAUGCUCUGUUUUGUUUUGUUUUUUUUUUUCUUAAAGAAAUGUUCCAGCAUGUUUUAACCUAAUAUCUCUCUACUAGAUCUGCAGCAUAUGAUUACCACAGACAAGAAAUAGAAAUUAAACAUGUUUCCCAAUACAGAGAAACAAACAGAAAGAAGAAUCCAGCCUGAUCUGCUUGAAUAUUACAUUUUUAUAAUUAGCAUGUGAUCUUCAGUGAUGUCCUUAGUAAACAUGUUUUGUUUUUG